GCGUGAAUGAACGCGACUCUAACGUUGACAUUGGCCUGAUAGACAACCGCGACACUGACACUUGGUAAGUUUACGGCUAUAGUUAUAGUGAGACUGAACAGGGAAAAAGAUCUACAACUACACUGGUAGCUGUACAACUGCCUGACAACCACGACAAGGGAAAAUGAUUCGUGACGAUGCGGACCGCACUGUAGCGCUAACGACAACGGGACGAGGGAACCACUUCGAUAUUGAGGAAGUCUGCAACAUCGACGAGGACGCCAACCACGACAUCUCCAAUGUAUUCUACGCUGCACAGUUACACAAACCAGACGAAGGCCGCCCUCCGCCCUUGCGGUUAAUACCAAAGCGCAAAAGGCAAACACCGCCGCUGUGA